AUGUCAGAGAAACCCGAGGACCCGAGGGACGCGAUGCCCUCAGAGAGGAAGUCCAUGUGGAGGACCGCUGAGGAGAGGCGGAUGUCCGACCUCACGCGGGUGCUGGAGUGGCUGGAGCGGAGGCAGGGGAAGAAGCAUCAAGCACCGGAGAAGCACAAGCCCAAGAUGGCGACACCUUUUAAAGCAAGGGGGAAGGAAGAAAAGAAAGGCAAAAGCGUCCCGAAGCCCCAGGGUGGGAACCGCCAGGUGUCGUUCUCUGACCAGGUGACACAGCCGCUCGGCAAGAAGGAGAACUCCGCCAGGUACCGAAGGCCCUACGGAGCGGAGCCAAAGGGAAAACGCCUCAGCACAGUCCCGGGCAACUACACCAGGGACAGCGCCAGGAAAUCUGACCUAGACAUCAAGGAUGCAAUCGCCCUGGAGUCCACUCAGAGGUCAAUGCCGUACCGUCGCCAAAGCAUUACAGAACCCACGUUGCCGGACACUAUCUUUGGCCAGCGGAGGUCAACCCUCCUGAGAGACUGGGUAGUCAAGGCAUCCGACAGCUCCUAUGAGCGCAAGCUGAAGAGCCUCAUGGAGAAGGGCACUGAGCCCAAGAUAGAGAUGGUGAAAAUGCUGAAACCAGAGGAGGUGCUGAGCUGCCGGUACCUGAGACUGUCCAAGAGCAACAUCCGCACCUUGCUCAAGCUGUGCAAGGACGCGGGGAUGAACGUGGACAUCCACCCCCACAUGGUGGAAGGAGAGAUCGACGCGAAAAUGGUCUUCUCCCAAAACCGCAACGUUGCCCUCUGA